AUGUGCCACUUUCAGGUCUCCUCACACUGCUGGUGUGUUGAAUUUUUUGACAUAGGGUGCUGGCAGAUUACGGGCCUCCCAUAGCUGCUGCCAGGCCCCUAAUCUGCCAUGGGCCCCUGUACCCGCCUCCUCAUGCUGCUGCCAGGUCCAGAGUCUCUCAUGGGUCCCUGUACGGCCUCCCAUUGCUGCUGUCUCCAUCGCCACACUCUGCCAUGUGCCACUUUCAGGUCUCCUCACACUCCUGCUGGUUUCCAUUUUGUCAUAGGUUGCUGUAUGGCCUCGCAUUGCUGCUGCCUCCACCGCCACACUGUGGCUCCACACUCUGGUUUUGGCCCCGUGACUGGCCAAAUGAGUGAAAUGUGCGGUGAUUCUAAGAUCGACGGCACUCAUCUGCAUGUCAUACUG